GAGUGAGUGGCUGGAGGUAGUUUGGGAGAGGAAGGAAGCCCAGCAUGUAAGAGGAGCAGAGCAGGCACUGACCACCAGGAACAUCUACUCCAGCUGAGGAACCACGGCUGGUGCCCUCAUGUCCUGAUGGACGCUCGUCUGACCCAGUAGAAGACCCGCCUGCUAGUAUCACAAGGGACGUUUAUGAAUUCCGGAUCCAGCAAGUGAAAAUCCCUUUUCCAACAGAACCUGUGAACCAUGACUGAAGAAAUGGAGCGUCCCAGGAGUGGGCUUAGCAUGGCCAGCAGCAUCACCACAACUGCCUCUGUCAGCCAGGGGUCAAGGGCAUCGACCAGAUCAGUAAAGAGAGUGCACACUUUUGGAAAAAGAGAAUAUUCUAUUAAGAGGGACCCCAACUCUCCUGUGGUGAUUCGUGGCUGGCUGUAUAAACAGGACAGUGCAGGCUUGCGUCUGUGGAAGAGGAGGUGGUUCGUGCUGUCGGACUUCUGCUUGUUUUAUUAUAGAGACAGCAGAGAGGAGACCGUACUCGGCAGUAUUUUAUUACCAAGCUAUGAAAUCUUGCCUGCCAACCCAAGAGAAGUGAAAAACAGAAGAUUCAGUUUUAAGGCGGAACAUCCUGGCAUGAGGACUUAUUACUUUGCAGCCGACACUCAGGAAGACAUGAAUGCCUGGAUCCGUGCCAUGAAUCAAUCUGCUCUGGUCGUCGGCGACAACAAAAACAAGAGUAGCCAUGGUCACAACCUCACCUCACAAGAUGAGCUCUAUGCCAGCUAUGAAGAUUUCUCCCACUCUGAAAUAAAUACUGCUGGGGAUGAUGGAAAAAGUGCUGAAUCUUUGGAGAUUGCUCAUCUGUCUGAAACCAGAUCACAAGAUGAGAGCUCCAGGGACAGUCUUCCAGACCAGGACAGAAAUGGAGACUUGGAGAAAGAUCGCUUGUUCAGUGGGCUGAGGGAGUCUUUAACAGAUGCUAUGCAACACUAUACUUCUGUAUCCCAGAAUGGUUCUGUCCCACCACCCACACCAGAAAGUGGAGUAAAGCAAUUGGAAUUCACUUACAACAGACCUGAAGUGGAAUCUAAGAUGUCUGCAGAGGGGAAGGACUCCAUUCCUGAGGAUGAAGAGUGGGUGCCUUUUCAGAAGUGUCUGUCAGUGCCUUACCAAGACAAGAGGCCACCUAGUCCACCAAAGAGUUUUGAAUGCCCACUUGAUGAAUAUUCCUCUGCUCUCUCCCGUUCUGCUCCGUCUUCUCCUGCUGUUGUCCCUACUCAUGUAUAUAGAGCUGACCUCUUAGAGCGCAACUGGAACUUCAAAGAUGAGAAAUUCAAGGUGCAAACUGAGUUUAUGGAAACAUCAGAUGGAAGAAAAAUGUCCCCUCUUUCUUGCUCUCCAUCCAGAACCACAACAUGCUCCUCACCAGAAAGGGUAGAGUAUGUAGUUCAGAGGAUAAUUAAGGCUUCAAGGUCACAAUCUCUACCACCCACACCUUCAGAGGUUUCUAGACACAGAAUAAUCAAGAAAAGUCCUCCUCCUAACUUGAAGUAUGGAAGCCCUCUGCCAUGUGAGAAACCUCUCCGUUAUCCUGAGAGUUCUCAGGCAAAUGUUGUGUUACCUGUUGGAAGUCCACCCAAGAGGGACCUGCCUCUUACACCAAGCCUUAGUCCAAAAGUACACACACAGCAGCAUAAGACUGCGUCCAAUGAGGAUGUGUUUGUGGCUGUGACUGGAUCUCCAUCUUUGGGAAGAAUAACUGUUCGAUCUAAUACACCAAUUGGGCGAGUAGAUAUCCUUCCUUCAGAAGACAGAGCUCCUAAUUCUGCAACUAUCAGACACAGUGAAGAAAGACCAGGUGAUUAUUUUGUAACCAGCUCCAGAACCAGAAGUCAUAUAGCGAAGUCUGCAUCAAGGCCUCAAACUCCAUCUGAUAGGUAUGAUGUUCUGCCAUCUGAUGACUCUUUCACUGCAUCUACAAUGGCAAAGGGUCCUAAUCGGUAUCCUAGAAGAUCACAACCUUUGGGGGCAGAAGAAGAAAGGCUGGAUGGUUCUGGGAUUAAUUUACCCCCUAGAUCCCAUGGGUAUCCCAGCAACAGAAUGCAAAUCAGACCGAACAAUUCAUCAGAGAGAGUAAUUAUAGAAGAUUACCCUGCAGAGCUGUCUCUGACUCCCUCACUAAGACGACAUAGGGGUCAAGGACCAAGGUACUCAGAGAGGUCAUUCCUACCCCCUGCAGUAUGUUCUGGGCGAGGUCUUGGCAACACACCGAGGCACCUGUCAAAGAUGAGUUCAGUGAGCUAUUCACAGCUGCCACCGUUGCCUCCUGGUUCUAAUCGCCCCCAUCUUCCUGCUGGAAAGAGGAUGUCACUGAGUGCUGUGCAAUCAGGAACCCCGCAGUAUCGUGACCGUGCCCCAUAUCCAGCUCGCAUGGGAGAGAAUAGUAUUGAUGUCCUACUGACAAAGAUGUGUGGUCAGGAUAGACUACUUGCUGGCAUUGAGGAGGAGUCUGCUCAUCUUCGAGCUGAAAAGGAAAAGUUGGAGGAUGCUCUACAGUUAACUCAUCAACACCUUGAUGAGUUCCAGGGACAGGAACAAGUGAUUGAGAACAUCUGGUACCAGCAGAGGCUCCUGCAGGAUGACCUGGUGUAUGUGAGGGCCAGGCUGUGUGAUCUGUCGUUGGACAGAGACCGCGCAUGGGAAGAAUACAGAAUUCUGGAAAAUGAGCUGCAUGCCAUGAGGGAGACAUUAGAACGUGUCAGUCAAAUUGGACACCCCCAGGACCAGGCAGCAGCCCAGAGAGAUCUUUGGAUGAUCAAUGACAUCAUAUCUGGCCUCAGAUUUAACAAAACCAACUUUCACAUCAUUCCUGAUCCUGCAAGACACCCUGCAAUGAUGAUGCCUCCCUCACCUGCCAGUGAGACACCUGCAAACCUCCAGAGGAGUUUUCUAUACCAUCAGUCUGGAUUGAAUCCCUUUAACCAAGACAAAAGUCCUAUUGAGUCUGAAGCCAUUCCUCCCAGACCUCCUCUUCCCAAAGAUCACCAAUCCUCCAAUAAUGAGCUUGAAGGACUAUCUAGAGGGGCGGUCAGUGAACAGAAUGAGCAAGAUAGAGUAUCUGAGGAGCCUGGGACUACAGCAGCCCCACAGUCACAGAGUACCUCCAGUGAUGCUGCUUUUCCUAUCAAGGAUGUGGUAGAUGUUCGACCAGUUCAUUCUUCAUGCCCAGUACCCAUACCUUCAGGUCACAAGAUGACCCUAGAGCCAAAGGCAUCACCACCCAAUGUCCCAGAGAUGGGUACAGUUCGGAAGCAAAGAAUGAGUGCUGAGGAGCAGAUGGAGAGAAUGCGAAGGCAUCAGGAGGCUCAGAUUCAUGAGAAACCUAAGCCUGGUGUUACAGCACAACGUCAGAACUCCCAGAGGUCUGCAACAGGUCCAAUAGGGGGCAGGCUGAGAUCCUCUUCCUCGGAUUCUUCAACAAGCUCUCAGCCUGUGGAUAAAACUCCUACAGAACAGAGGAAAGCAAAACUGGUGAGGGUCACUGCGUCUUUUUACCCUAGCAACACAUCUGCACCACUUCAUGGAAAGACUGGAGGUGUCAAUGCAAGAAGGUCCUCACCGGACGCAAUGCCCGAGGACCCUACCUACAGUGUUGUUAUGGAGCCACAGACUGAAAAGGUUACCUCAGUAACAAGUCAUGAGAUCUCUCCGUUGGUAAAGGUGACUCCUCCAUUAAGAACAAGCAGUAAAAUUGUCACUGCUGCCUGCAUGCAACUGAAAAAAGAUAUGCACAAUGGCAGCUACAAUAAGCAGGGGCUAAGAUCAGGCGAAGAAACCAGCGCAACUGUGAAAAUGUUGCCCGAAGAAGUGGAAGGGUUGCCAAAAACGGGGGACAGACUGAAAACCACCAGUCCUGAUGAACGCUACACCAUCUCCAAGGAAGGGCAGCGAGAACGGAUCGUCAGCCUGUCCUAUUCGCUUGCAUCUGAGGCCUCCGAGCUUGGCAAAAUAAUCACAGCGAAAGCUUUAGCUGAUGACUGUGAUACAAGCAGUGACGUCUCCACAUCAGAUGAAGUGUAUCCAUGGGACUUUUUGAGAGAUUCCCAGAGUAACAAGCAGCGUGAAGUCAGAGACCAUUGCCAGACCACAUCAACCAGUUUACAUCAAAAGGAAAAAAACUACACAAAGAAUGAUGAGCCCCACCAGCAUUGUUCUGAAGAAGCCUCUAGUCCUGACAGGACCAAAGACCAGGUCAUCAAUCGGCAUUCAGACAAUCUACUACACUAUGAGAACUGGACAGCACAAAAGCAGGGAGACAGCAGAGAACAUGGCCCAGUCACAAAACAAGACAGCCCUGCUCUACCCAAGUGUAACGGACAGGUGGCAAGUUAUGACUUCCUCAUAGAGGACUUGCAUUAUAACCCACUGAGUAUGAGCAAAGUCACUGAUUUUUGCAAGGAAGAAAGGGAACCCAUCCGGAUCACACUCCUUCAGUCCAGCUUCUAGAAUCAUCAGAGAACUUUGGACCAGUGUGAUUUUGUUAAAUGGACAAUGAGAAGACGAGACUGAUCUUGAGAGAGAAAGGAAGUCUUGUAUCAUGGUGGCGCAUAUUAUGUAGAAUUAUGGAAAAUGAGAUGGAAGGGUUUGGAACAAAGUGUAAAUGAAAGACGAGCUGUAAAGAAGAGUGUAAAUAGGUGUACAUAGACAGUGUAAAGAAGGUGAGACUAGACAAAUGUGGAUAAAGAUGUCCCUGGAGAAAGUGCCAUGAAAGCGAGAGGAACGUGUUAUAGGAACAUGGAAAGUUGGUGGCUCCUGAUCAUGCAGAAGCACUUGUAAAGUGUUAGACGAAUCCUACAUUAUACUUAUUAGUGGUUGCGCAGAUGGUCAUUUGGGCUGUUAUUAACGCUCCUCUAAGCACAGUUGCACUAGAUGAGAGAAUUUAAAUUCUGCAUAUAUAGAAGGCUAAGCUGUGAAAUAUGUAGACUGGAUAAUUUGAAGGGCUUUUCACUAUUAUGUGUGGAAAUAGUUGCAGUUCCUUAAGACAGCCAUAGUCACUUAAGGUAACAAUAUACUGUAUCAAAAAUGCUUAAACACUCUGUUAUAUAGAGUAGUAAGGACAUGAAGGAUCAUUUAUUUUAUUUUUGCUGGUUAAUUUUAAGUUCUAUCUGCCAAUCAUUCCUGGAGGUCAUUGCAUCAACAUUGACAACGUUGUAUGCCUGGUAUGUAACUGCCAUCCAAGACAAAGGAGGAGAUGCAUAAAGGUUUUCCAGAUCCUUCUAGAAAGACCAACCAAGCCAAUGAUAUAGCCAGCUUAUUUUAUCAUCUUAAACCCUGUAUAUUUUUGUUUUCUAAAAAGAAAAUGUGCUCCGAGUGGUCUGUUCACUUUCCCUUUUUUAAUAUAUUGUAGUGUUGACUUUUUUUUUUUUUUUUUUUAUCCUUUUGCCGUUUUGUGAAAGGACUGUGUAAUGUUAACAUACAAGCAUACUAUACCUGGAGAGUGCCCUUUUCAUCCUUUUAGGUUGUAAACCUUUUAUUUUACUUUUUUAUUUUUUUAUUUGCUGUUAAAGCCAAAUACUGUAGUAGACCAAUCUACUGCCUUAUUAAUAGUAUUGUUAAUACUGUCUUUGUGUUAACCAUUCCUUCACCAUUCUCCUUAUAUGCGUAUUAGCAGUUUUUUGUUUGUUUUUUAAUAGUAACUGCUGAGAUCUGCUAUUAUUUUUUUUAACCUUUAUAUAAAGGAGAAAAAUCAGACAUACAAAGGAAUGUGUUUAUAAGCUUUAUACUGUUUUGUAAUAUUUAUGCAAAACUGUAAUAUGCAAAUAAAUCAACAAAGUAUGUGGUCA